AUGGAGGCAUUCCAAAAAGCCCACAUCUGGGUUCAACUAUGGAACCUGCCAAUACAUUGGAUCACAAAGGAGAUAGGGGUUAAGAUUGGUGGUAUAUUUGAAGAUGUGGAGGAUAUUAUUAUCCCAAUGGGUGGAAGUAAAGAAGGGAGACACAUAAAGCUGAAAGUGGUUAUUAAUACAUCCCUUCCACUGUUGAGAGGAACGGUGGUGAAAUUAGGAGGUCAGAGCAUCUGGGUAGAGUUCAGGUAUGAAAAGUGCCCAGAUUUCUGCUAUGGAUGCGGAUUAAUUGGGCACAGUGACAAAUCUUGCAGGCACAAAUCAGGGACAACCAGGGGCAAUUCCAAACCUCAAUUUGGACCUUGGAUGAGAGCUCAAACCAAGGGUGCUUCUCCAAAAAAGAGAACAGAGUAUCGGUCUGAUCCCCCUAAAGAUCCAAAAGAAUCGAUGAAUGCGGUUGCACAGAAAUUACUGUUCGAAGGAGAAUACAUAGUUCACCAGUCAAGGGGGCUGGGAGCCAGUAGAACUGACAUUGACGAACUGAAGAUUGUCAGGAAAGAGAGGGAAGAUGACACAGUCUUGUCAGGCAAAGAGUGGGCUCAAAAAAUCCAUGAUCAAAAUUCAAAUUUGGGCGCGGCGGAAAAGAAAGUAAGUGAGCCCACCUCUGAAAACACAACAGAACAAGAAGGCGGCAAGUGGGUUCAAGGGGAAGUCAAAAGUAACUUAAGCCCAGGCCCAAUUUGUAGCUUGACUCCAAAAUGUCCCCAAUAUAAGCAGGAUUUCAAACAGGGCCUGGAGGAUUAG